UGGAAGAUGAUGCAGAAGAAGAAGAAGAAUGCAUGACUGGGCUUUCUCUUGCUCUAGUGCCAAACAAGAAGAAGAACAAGCCUCUUAUGGUUUCCCUUCAUCAGAAGAAAUUCUGUUCUACUCAUCAGAGAAUCGAUGAUGAUGGAGGACACCACCACCACCACCAUCACAACAACAAGAAACUCAGGCUUACAAAGGAGCAAUCAACCAUGCUUGAAAACAGCUUCAACCAGCAUACCACUCUUAAUUCAGCCCAGAAAAAAUCACUUGCUGAAGAAUUGAAUCUAAAGACAAGACAAAUUGAAGUUUGGUUUCAGAACAGAAGAGCUAGGACGAAGCUGAAACAGACGGAGGUGGAUUGUGAGUUGUUGAAGAAACGGUGCCAAAGUUUAACAGAUGAGAACCGAAGGUUGAAGAAGGAGUUGGAGGAAGUAACUGCUGCACUCAAAGCUACAACAACAACAUCGCCACCAUCAUUAUACAUUCAACACUCCAAAGCUUCACCGGCUACCACUCUCACUAUGUGUUCUUCAUGCCACAAACUGCUUAUUCCAAAUUCAAAUUAAACCCACUCAAUAAUAGAAUAGAUUAACUAUACCUAGCUAGGUC